GCCAUAUUACUUUUACGUUCCUCCGGCUAUGUACGAAAAAGAAAGUCAUAAAAAGAUGAUAUCUUUGUCCAGGCACGGAGUAUUUUUCAAGUAGACCUCAAGAUAAAGGAAUGGAUUUUAUAUCUUAAAGAAACCGUGCCUGAUUGACGCCGUUUACGCGAUAAAACAAGCAUUUAUUUCAACCAUUCAGUUGGGUUGGCGACUGUAUAUGCAUCUGAGUUGUCAAACUGUGAACUCUUCUCGUUUGGGAUGAAGCUUGUAAGUUUCUAACUGUCACUGUUAUCUUUUGGAGGAUAGUUUUAUUGGUAAAGAGAGCUGCGAAGCUUUCCUCUGACUCACAAGGAAAGCAUUUUUUUUCCAAGAAGCCCGUCUUACGAUAGCUUGCGUUCGUUGAGGCUACAAUAAUGAACACGAUGGCUUCUAGGACACAAAAUCCUCAUGGAUUACGUCAAAUUACUUUAGAUGAAAUCUGGGAUGACCUUAGAGAAGGAAUACAGCAUGUUUAUAAGCAACAAAGUAUGUCUAAACCACGCUACAUGGAACUUUACACGUAUCCUUCUGGUUGUGAAUCAUGUCAUGGUGAUGUAUACACUAGGUAUUGCACUACUGUAAUCAACAAAGUGAUUUUUUAUAUAGUUGUUAUGGUCCUUUUAACAGUGUUACCAAAACUCCACAGAACCAUUUUAUCGCUGUUCAAGACUUUGGUCGUGAGUCUAAAGGCACUUUGUGGAUUAUAAAUUGAAUCAAAAUCUAAGUCAUAGGGCUUUGAAAAUAUGUGUGCUCUUCACCUGUGCCAUUCAAUUUCAAGUGCUUUUUCUGUAAAACUUCAUUGAUUGCUCACAUGCAGGGAUAUGGUUUCCUCAUACAAAGAAAAAUAGGAAAUUUUGCCAUUGAAAGGGUUCACUCAAUUGUACUUGCUGAUUUGUUUGUUUGUUUGUUUGUUUGUUUGUUGGUAUUGUUCUUGUUUAAUUUGCAUAGUGCAGCAUGCCCUCACAACCCUGGUACUCUAAAAUAGUUCUCUGUGAACAAUUCAGUGGUUCAUCACAAGGAUGUGUUCAGUAUCAAACUGAAAGUCUCUGGAUAAAAAAUAAUUUUGCUUUAAGCCUGGUUUACAAAUCUGAAAGAUGUAUUUUCACUUGUUAUUUCCAUUUCAAGGGUAUGUCCAGAGAGGGAACAUUUCUAUUGCAAUCAUCACUUGAAAAAUUCCUCAUCAUGAGAUAACUUUACACUAUAUCAGAAGCCACAAUUUCUGAACCUCCUCUGUUUCACAGUGCUAUUGCUUCCCCUUAAAAGGGAUGUAUGAUUAUUUGAGCUCAUGGUUGCCACAGGUCAGGAAAAAGUCAGGGAAAAACAAAUUCCUUCAAGGCAAGGGAAAAGUCAGGGAAUUUCACUUUGAGCCAGGGAAUCUCUGAAAAAAGGCAGAGAAAAGUGAGGUUAUUCAUCUGGACUUUAAGCCCUCUUUCUGAUGAGAGAUGGUGACACUUUCCUUUCUAUGAUGUCUAUGUUACUUGUGUACAUUGUUUAGUAGAGUUGACAGAUUCCUGACCAGUAUAUCUUUACUCAAGUUCAAGUAGGUUUAUGAAUGAAAUGUUGUUUAUAUUUCCUUUUAUUUUCUAUUCAUUGUUUCUUUUUAAUUUUUUUGAUACAAUUAAUGGGCAUUGAAAGGCAUUGUAAUGGUAAUAAAGGCCUUGAAAUUGACAAUAACGACAAAUGAAAUGAAAACAAUACACAGCAACAUUGCCUGUUCCAUGAUCAAGCCAUGAGCUCAGAGUGGUUUUGCAAACCGUUUAAGCAAUUUAUAUGUCUGUCUGAUUAGUAAACCAAUCAUACAGAUUAAUAAUAUUUUCAUCCAUUUGAAUGGCUUGCCAGUCUGUUUGACAUUAUCUGUUUUACUCAUCCAUUUGAGCAGCUAAGCAAACCAUUUGAAUGGCUUAUCAAAUUGUUGAAAUAAUUUAUUCACCCAUUCAAACGGUUUGCCUGUUCAAAAUUUUUUCUCAUCCAUUCAAACGGCUGACCAAACCAUUUAAAUAAUUUAUUCACUUUGAACGGUUAGGCAAAUGGUACAAACGCUUCAAGGACCAUUCGUCAACCAUUCAUCAUCUAUGCGUUUUUACUGUUCAAAUGGUUUUCUGUUAGUAUCUGUUAUGCCUUUCACUGUCACAUCUAUGUAAUUGCUCAUCAGUUGGUUAGGGAAUUUUAGAAUCUUCGGGGAAAAUUCAAGGUACUUAGAAAAAACCUUUGAAUGUGGUAACCCUUUGAGCCAAUUUAUGUGUGGAUGUAUGUGUUUGUUGUUUGUUAAGUUCCUUGACAGGUUUUCAGACAUGUGUACAAUCACUGCACCAGUGUUCAUCAACAGUCACAAUCCAGAGUUCCAAAGCAAAAGAAGGCACCAAAUCAGGGAGGUAGGUCAUUCAUUUAUCUUCAUAUAACCCUUUAACUCCCAGAAGUGAUUAACAUGUAACUUCUCCUUGUAAUAUUCUACAUAAUCCAGCAAACGGGUAAUGAGAAACUUAUCAGGUAGAAGUUAUCUUGAUCCAAAACCAAAUCUUUUCAACCAAUUCUAAGAAAUCAUGGAGCUAGAGGGGAGAAUUAACAAUCAUAUCUUGGGAGUUAAAGGAAAUUAUUUCAAUUUAUCUUGUAAUAUUAUUUUACAUGAAAGCUUUAAUAUUAGUCCUCAUAUACAUGAAUGAGAUACUCUAAAUGCACUUGUUAUAUACCCAGGGGACCUUUGUGUGACACAUGCACAUGUUUGGUUACCUGAAAGUAGAAACCACUAAAGGUAUCAAUCCAGGGAAAGAAGCAGGAAAAAAACCUGUCAGUGGGGCUCCAGACUUUUUGCAAAUUCUGCAAAAUUUAUUGUGGUCAGAAAUUUGCCAAAGUGCCCUUUAAAUGGAAAGAUAAUGUUAGCCACCAGGAGAGACUCAUAGAAAACUGGAGAGUAUCAAGGUGGCUAUCCAAGGUGGCUAUCCAACAAUUACAACAACAAUUACAACACUUAUGAAAAUGUUCCUCCAUUACCUAUAGACUGCAAAUAUGAAGUAAUAACAAUAUUAUGACUUGAUUUGUGGCUCAAAAAUUGUUUCUACUCACCAUGACGUUAAAAAUGGUUGCAGCUUGGAGCACUGCACCAAAUAGGAGAGGAGUCAGGGUCCUUACUUUUGGACUGUUAGAUUGAUCUAGUAACUCUACAUUCAUUUUGCUAAGAAUAGAGAAGUAGAAUUCGCAUAAGAACAGUUUACAAUUUUGCCAUAAGUCGUUUGGUUACUGCCAAGAAAACACAUGCAAUUUGUCUGUACUCUGUACUUUAUCUUUUAGUGCUUUAUGGAUUACCUAGUUUUUUUUUUCUAAGGUUAUUGACUCUCCCCAAUUCAUCUCCAAACAAUGUUGACAACAGGAGUUAUGAUAAAAGAGAUUCUGAACAAUGUUGUCUGGUGUCCUGUGAAUCAAAAUAGUUGUGUUUUUACUUACUAUAGUUAUGUCCCAGAUAUAACCAAGUUUGAACAAAUGUUUUUAUUUCUUCACAGGAGCCCAGUUUGUAGGCCUUGAAUUGUAUAAAAGACUCAAAGACUUCCUUAGGACUUAUCUUAUAGGCAUGCAGAAGGUUAGGACAUGUUUUCAGCUUAUUUUCAGUUGUGCUUGUUGCAUGAAACUGCACUGGACACUAUCAGAUACCGGUGUCUUCCUUAUACAGAUUUUUUGGGUGUUUUGUUCGCAUUUUUCGGCUAAUGUAUACUCAAGUGGUACUAUAUGUGGUCAGCACUAAUGAAUUUGUCUGUGUUUAGUUUCUUCAUGCAACUAUUAUGGUACUAUUAACUUUGCUCCACAUGGACUUGUAUGUGUACUUGGACAGUUACAAGUUGUAUGUUUUGAAGGUACCAACUUCCCUGGACCUAAUGUAGUGUAACUGUUGACACUAUUUUUACUUGGGCAUACAUGAAAAGUAAUAUAGAAUACAUGUAUUUAUCUGACAUAAGAGUCCUUUCCAGGGAACACUAUGCAAUGACAAACCGAAAACACUUGGACCUAUGAACCCGCAGUCUAGUCUGCUAUCAACUAGGCCUUGGUGUCUUCCGUAAAAUAACUGGAGAUAAACUGUGACUGUUUGUGAUAGGAUGGUGCUGAUCUGAUGGAUGAGUCUGUCCUUAAAUUCUACACCCACCGCUGGGAGGAUUAUAGGUUUUCAAGCAAAGUUUUAAAUGGGGUAUGCGCUUAUCUCAACCGACAUUGGGUUCGUCGAGAGUGUGAUGAAGGAAGAAAAGGCAUAUAUGAAAUUUAUUCAGUAAGUAUCAGCAAUAUAGAUGUGCAGGUAUAGAUUGUCAAAGGAAGUUUACCUUUUAGGCUUCAUUUGUGUGAAUUGCGUAAAUUAAAAACUUGGCCACAAGGAUCACUUUAUCACUUACAGCUUUAGUGUCAUUUCUCUAGUUCAUGUCACCUUAUUUUUAUGACACUUUUUUUUUUUUUUUUUGGUUUACUGUACCAGUAUCUUGAAAUUGCUUGACUUUAUGUGUGUACAGUUGUGCAUGCAUACAUGUGGUUCAUGUAUCCCUGAGAUAUGAUGAUCUAAGCCUCUAGAAUGAGAAAUAAAAAACAUGAUAUCAAAGCUUUUUGAGGCUGGCUACACCACAAAGUGAAAUAGAAACAAGACAAAAAAUAUUUGUGUAUAUGUGUAUGCAAAAUACACAUAUACACAGAUACUCUCUCCCCUUUUUCUUUAUCAUUUAUAUGUACAAAUAGAAAUCAUUUAGUUCUGGUUAGACACUUUUUACCAACUACUCUUAAUUCAAUUUUGUUCUUGUCCACUUUAAGCUUGCCCUAGUAACAUGGAGGGAAAAUCUAUUCCGACCACUCAACAGACAGGUAAUGACUUGAUAACUCAUCAGUCUCCUUAUCUUUGUGUCAAUACUUGUUGUAGUGUUCAGGGUUCCUUUUUAUCCAGUGGGCUCAUUACUACCAUGCUUUUAACAGGUGACAAAUGCUGUGCUGAGGUUAAUUGAGAGAGAAAGGAAUGGUGAAACCAUCAACACAAGACUUGUCAGUGGAGUGAUCCAGUGUUAUGGUACAUUUUGAUUUUGGAUUAAUCCUUAAACUGCUUUACAUAUAUUCACCUUGCAAACUAUUGAAACACACCCUUCUGAUGUUUCCAGUGAGGACAAGUUAAUUUGGUUUGGAAAAAUAUGGAUAAAAUUAAUUUGAAUAAAUGCUUGUAGUCUGCAGUGGAAAGUGAAAAUAAAACAGAAUUUUUAUUUAAUAUUCACUUUCCACUGCAGAAUGUUACAUUACUCCUUUACACACCAACAUUGAUACUCCUCUUCUACAUGCUCUUCUUAAUACAUUUCCUAUGGUACUGACAGGGUGAAUUUGUUUAACAAUCAAAGCUUUGUGGGUCCGUUAUCAUUUCCCUUAUUCUCACAAUCUUACUGAAUGAUUCAGCAGUAUUGCUGUCAGGAGAAAUAGGAUGCUGGUCCAUGUUUAAUUCUAAUUUCCAAGUUGUACAUGUAUAUUUUGCGUCUGUUUGCUUUUAAUCCAGUUGUACAGCAUGUACUACUGGAGUUGCACUGAUGAAUGAAGAUUAUUUGGUUGCAGCCAUGAUUUCGUCAUUGACCAAUCAGAAACAGCAUGUUUUGUUGAGUACAUAGAUAUAUGAAUUUUUCUUCUUACAGUUGAACUUGGCCUGAAUGAAGAUGAUCCUUCAGCAAAAGGACCCACCCUCAGUGUUUACAAAGCCUCUUUUGAGUCAGUAUUUUUGGAAGAUACAGAGAGAUUUUACACAACAGAAAGUACAGAAUUUCUGAGGGAAAACCCUGUAACAGAGUACAUGAAAAAGGUAGAGUUGCAUCAAUUAAAACUGUAACAUGUAAGCUUCUUGCUUGUGUUAUUACCUUUAUUUUAGAGGAUUCUGAAAAAUACUUCAAUUAAAGGAAAUACUUCAGCUUCGUUAUUGCUCUCUGAGAAAUUUCCUGUAGUAUGUGACUGACUAACAGUAGUUGCAGAUGCCCCUGUACACAUACUUGAGACUUUCUCAGUGGGCUUGAAUUACAAUAUGUCUCCAUCAUCCUUUCAUUCUAUAUCCUCAAACUUCUCAUCAAAGUUACAGUUGAACCUCGAUUGUCUGGACUCAUGAAGACGGUGUUGAAUAGUCUGGAUAGUAAAAAUAUGAAUAUUAAUGAGCCAAAAUAAAACUGAAUAACCUAAAGGACCUAUUAACAUUGUGUAGGAAUUAAAGCACAUUCUCAAAUCAUGGUACAUAAAUUGUUACCAUUGGCCAAAGGUAUUUGCAAAAAUUUAUCUAAGCAUUCAAUUGCUUUGAAGAGUGGAACAAAUUCUUUACCAAUGGAAGUUUCAUUACAUGUGCUUUAUGUGAUGGAAAAAAGUCAUAUGGAUCGGGAAUGUGAUUAAUUGAUAUUCAUAAAAAAUGGGACCCAAAUAUUUUGUAUAAGAAAAAAAAAACAGAUAAUUUAGGUCUGGAUAAUCAGUGUUUGAAUGUACUACAUGUAGUGUUGCAGCUUUUAAUCUUUUACUUUGAAUAUGAAGGGAGGCAGGUUUAACCUUUUUUUACCUUAUUGAUUUUUAAGCAGUUUUCUUUUUUGUGUGUGUGUGUAUGUGAGAGAAAGAGGAGAGCUGUGUCUAAUUUUAGUGUUAUAAAUGAUUGUAGUUAUAUUUUGAAACUUGAAAUGAACAAAAUAACACUUCACAUGUACAUGUAUAUUGAUGUGAAACAAUUUAAACAUGUAUGACUUUCAUUUGAUUUCUGUAUAUUUUUGUAUUAUUGUUUUUAUCAGGCUGAGGCCAGACUAUUAGAGGAACAAAGAAGGGUCCAAGUUUACCUACAUGAAAGCACACAAGAUGGAGUAUGAAAUGAAUGAUAAAAUAGGCUUGAUAUUGCAAUUACUUUUCUUGAAAAAGAGUUAAGCUGAAAUAAAUAAGAUGCUAAAAAUUUUUCAUUGGUAGGGGUUUAAAGAAAAAUCUAACUCCAGUGUCAGGAUUUGUAUCUCAGCCUGAUCAAAUUUUAAAUUGAAAUACAGAAGUUUGGCGACCACAUUUUAUCAUUGGAAUUGUAUGCUUGUUACACACAACUGGCUCUGUUUCCAUUUGCAACAUGUUGUUUGACUGCUUUUGGCAGGCUUUCAUGUUUGACAGUUGGGAAUACACUUUUCUUGAAAUUUCUGUACCACUGGUUAUGAGGAAGAUUGCCCAUAACCACACCAUCUCUAAACUUUUUCCACACCUCAUCCAACUGAUAAUGGUUGUACAGAAAUGUAGAAAGCUUUCUACAUAGAGAAAGAUUAAGAAGGAGGUAAUUUUGAGCUCCCCUAUCAAAGAGAGAAAGAUGUGUUGGUGAUAUGUACCUGUUGCUAAAAAGUAUUGAAUUUUGGUCCAGUGCAUACAAACAUGAGCAGCUUGGAAAUUAGUUUGUAAUCUCCACUAAAGGUGCUGCCUUCUUUGUUUCUAGCUUGCAAGGAAAUGUGAACACGUGCUGAUAGAAAAGCAUCUGGAUAUUUUUUAUUCAGAAUUCCAAAAUCUUUUAGAUGAUGACAAGAAUGAAGGUAAGGUUUGUAAAAAUAUUAAUAAGCCUACUAGGAAUGACUUAUCUCAUGCAGAUAACUUAAGUAUUAACUCAGAAUAUUUUUCCUUCUUGAUCUUUAAUUUUCCAAAACUUUUGGGCCCUUUAUGUCUCAAAAAAACAACAAACAAAAAAAAAAAACUAGGACAUCUUGAGUUAGUUUUGUCAAAUUGAAUUUCUCUAUUUGCCCUCCAAUUUACCCUUUUACUGUAAUUUCUGUUUGUAUCUCAGAUCUUGGUCGCAUGUACAACUUGGUUGCCAGAAUACCUGAUGGAUUAGGGCAGCUUCGAACCCUUUUGGAAAAUCACAUAACAAACCAGGGUCUUAAUGCUUUAGAAAAGUGUGGAGAUCAAGCAUUUAAUGUGAGUAAGACUAACACAUAUCUUGUUUUUCAUAGUGAAUGUUUUAUUAUUUCAAAUUAUCAGUAGUGGAAGAGGAUAUUUGAUCAUUUAUUAAUGAUAUGUUACUCUUUCAGGACCCAAAGGUGUAUGUAGAAACUAUUCUUGAAGUACAUCACAAGUACAAUGCCCUUGUCUUGACAGCUUUUAACAAUGAUGCUGGAUUUGUAGCAGCACUAGACAAGGUACUUUAGCAUUAUGGAGUAUGCCCAUGGUUGGAUGAAACAAAUAUCUUGAAAGUAUCAGUCUUCAGUUUACAUGGAAAUGCGAAGAGUAAAUAAAGGUUUCUUUUUGGCCACCUGUUGAUGAGACAAGCUUUUUUAAUAACUCCUUUUUCAGAAGAAUGAGUUGUUGUCCAUUUUGAGUGAUCAGUUGUUAUUUGAUGUUAGUAAUGUGUUAUUACUUUCUUUUAUUUAACAGGCUUGUGGCAAAUUUAUUAAUAGUAACUCUGUCACUAAACAAGCUAAUAGCUCAUCAAAGUCUCCUGAACUUCUUGCCAGAUACUGCGAUUCACUGCUAAAAAAAAGGUAACCUGUUAAAAUUAUUCUUCUAAUAUACAAAAGCAUAAAGUUCUUCCAGGUUGUAUGUAUGCAAGAAAUGCCUUGUUAAAAGAUUGCGAGGGUAGAUUUAGGAGGCAUACUGAUUACCACCUCUAGAAAGGCUUUUGAUUUCUUCUAAGAACUCUGCAUUAUGUUCUCGAUUCUGGAUAAAAUUUGAAAUCACAUCUGAACAUUAAUAUUAUUUCAUUCAUAGCUCAAAGAAUCCAGAAGAAGCUGAAUUGGAAGACAUUCUUAACUCUGUAGUGAGUGGUCAUGCAUAAAAUUUUUCACCAUACAGUUUUUUCAUGUUGCCAACCUUAAAGAGACAAGCUUUUUUGACUGCUAUGUGUUUCCAUUCAAAUGUUGUGUAGAUGGUUGUGUUCAAGUACAUUGAAGACAAAGAUGUUUUCCAGAAGUUUUAUUCCAAGAUGUUGGCUAAGAGAUUAGUACAACAUAACUCAGCUUCAGAUGAUGCAGAAGCUAGCAUGAUUUCUAAACUUAAGGUAACACAAUCAUUAGACACAGCAUAUAAGGAUGGAAAGUGUAUCAAUGCAAGGAACUCACAUUUAGUUGUACAGUCAAAUCUCUCAUACAGACACAAAAGGUGCAAGGUCCCAAUAGCAGUAACGUCCGUCAAAAUCUAACAUUGUUUUGUCAGUCAAAGGUAGCAGUUUUGACUUACAGUUCAGACAUUCACAAUCAUUAGGGUACUUAGUUUUGUCUGCAGUCAAAAGUUUUUUUGGACUGGAUAAAUCCGAGUAAGAAGUAGACUACAAGAAACCUUUUCCCCAGCAUAGUUCAUUCUGCUAGUCAUCGGAAGUUGGCUGACAAAAAUUCCUAGAGAUGUACACACAAGGCUGAGACUAUGCAGGUAAAGGGGAGUGUUCUGAUUAUAUAUGGGAGGAGUCCUGGAAACGUUUUUGUCAGUUAGAAUGACUACCACAGGCGAUGAAACCUAAAUAGUAAAUCACCAAAGUUCUCUCGAGUGAAGUUUUCUUUAGGGCUACUCCCACCAAGGCCAUCACACAAUGCAAUCAGAAUGUAGUCAGGUGGAUUUUUUGUUACCUUGGAUGUCAUUGUUUCGAUUUGUUCUCUCCUAACAGCAAGCAUGUGGUUUUGAGUACACAUCAAAACUUCAAAGAAUGUUUCAAGACAUAGGUGUUAGCAAAGAUCUCAAUGACAAGUUCAAGGCACAUCUAGCAAACACAGAAUCUUUAGAUUGUAAGUCACUACAAAGUGAAGUUGUACGAAACUAAUGCUACUGUAUACUGUAUAUGAUUUUGCGUGGCUGUGCACGAAUACAAAUUUUACUUGCAUCUUCGAGUGUUGAUGAGAUAUGGAUGUCAUAGUGUUCUUUUAUGUUAUAGAUAAUAGUGAAGUAUUCUUAUCAAAGACGAUUUUAAUACAUUUAAGAGCACUAAAUGCAGUGAUCACCUGCAUUCAAACUCAGCUUGCAUGAAUGUUGUAUAAGCUCUUUAUAAGAAUUUUUUUUAGGUGAUUAGAUGAUAUAAAUUCAAAUUAAGCAUACAAUGUCAUUUAGGUAUAUCUUGUUACCACGUCAGCAUCGUUAUCUCCGCGUUUGCAGAUAUAACCGCUAUCUUCACUGCGCGCGAUGAAGAUAAAUUUACUAUGAACUGACUUUGUAUAGAAGCAAGAGUAAUGUUUUUUUUAUCUUUAAAAUAAGUAACUUCUUCGAUGAUUCGUUCAUUUUUUAUUAUUAUUAUAACUAUUAUCAUCAUUAUUAUUAUUAUCAUUAUUAUUUCACUGUUUGUAAUACUGAAUAUUUUUUGUUCUGAUUUCUGUAUUCGUAGUGGACUUUACAAUCCAGGUUUUAAGUUCAGGCUCGUGGCCGUUCCAGCAAUCAGCACCAUUUUCACUACCAGCAGAGGUAAAACGGUUUGAUUUUGAAAUGCUUUCACGUGUGAAGGAAUCUUUUCGAACGAAACACUUGUUUUCACACUCGCAAUAAGCCUUACCUAUACUGUAUUGCAUUGUAUUCCACAUCACUUCAUCUAGCUGCAUUGCACUGCAUAUAGCAUCCGCUUUAAGUUUGUAGUCGUUCAACGAUUAAACCUGCGAAUGACACAAAAUAAACUUGAAUACACCGUAGCAUAUCUGUCAUCUCUGUGAAAUGAAGCCUUUCGUCAUCUAUCAGCAGCGGCUGUGUGAGCUAAACUUUGUUCCUCCUUUUCUUAUGUAGAUGGAAAGAAGUCAUCAACGUUUCACGACAUUUUACAGCAGUCAACACAGUGGUCGGAAGCUACAUUGGGUCUACCACAUGUCUAAGGUUAACAGAACUGUGUUCUCACAGACAUUCUUAAAUCACAUCAGAGAAGGUGUUAUUUAGUGGUACUACUACUCCUGAGCCGUAAUUCGUGUGAAAAAUGUACCCUGAAAAAGCUAUCAUUCCAAACAACAGGAUGUUAAGUCACAGAAUCAUCUUUUCCAGCUGUGGUGCAAUCGCUCUUUUCUUUUAAAUUUUUUGGAGAAAUACCUCUUGAACCUGAUGCUGAUUCGUUAUCCACUUGCUACAAACGUAAGCUAAUGUAAGCUGUUAAUUGUUCUUACAGGGAGAACUAGUCACAAACUGCUUCAAAAACCGUUACAUUCUGCAGGUGAGGGCGCAGUUCUUUUGGGUAGUGUGGUGUUUCAUUGUAUUCAAUUCCGUUUUUUCCUUCGCGUAUACGAACCGCACUCUUAUUAUUUAAGUAAAAUACUACGCACCCUGGUGCAUUCAACGAUAAAAUGAUAGUCGCGAAACGUUUUGCCCUUCAUCAGUUGUGCCAAUAUUUGAUCCACUAGGCAAACAAAGUGCUUUGUGACAUUGUCGAAAAUAAUGCGGAAUUGCAUCGGUUUUGCUUUACUCUGCCCUGAUAAAUAUAAAAAACCACCAACCUUUCAAUCAAUCAGUUGAAAAAUAAAACUAAUUCUUACUCUUUCAGUCGCAUUUUCCCUCCUCACACACAGGUUGCUCGUUUUCACUUUGACUUCUCAUUCUCAUGGUUGAUAUGAUUACUUUGGUUUUGGUGAUACCCAAUGAUAAACGCUCGCUUGCAAUCGCUUUCUUGCCCCGCUUGGCAGGCAUUUUUGUCUCCUCUUAUCUGGGGAGGAGGUGUGCAAGGUCAUGGGGCGAAAGCGAGUGAUAAGCGAUGAACUAGGUGGUUGGACAGGGACGGAAAAAGCCCGCCCCUCCCUUCCCCUGCGCCUAGUAUGUUUGCUCCAUUUUGCCCUAUGCUUUCGCUUGACUCUCAUAGCUCACGCUUCUCCUGUCUCUCUUCUGUCUAUUGCGCCUUGGAAGCGAUGCUUAUUCUUACUUGCUUGUAGCUUUUUGUGUUGCGAAAAAUGUAUUUUUUUUGGUUGUAGGCAUCGACAUAUCAGAUGGGAGUUUUGCUCAUGUUCAAUAACUCAGAGAGUCUGACUAUGGAACAGAUUCAAGAACAGACUCAACUUAAAACGGUGAGUGCUCUUUGCUGUGUAAGAAAAAAUUACUUUUAAAAUUCUAUCACUCUUGUAAUCUGGCAGAGAAAUGUUCCUUUUAUUUACAAUCGUGUACAAUAUCGUGUUCACGAUAAAUUAUUCUUUAACAAAGCCAGAAACUUACAGAUAUUUCUUCCAUCACUUUAGUUCUUAGUCAAGGAACGUUAAUUAUCUGAAACUCUUCGAUCCGUGCCAUUAAUCUGUUUUAUAGAUAUUUUGCACCGAAACAUAGUUAUAUACCUUCAAUGAUUUCUCUGUUCGCAGGAUAUUCUCUCGCAAGUCCUGGGAAUUUUGUUGAAGUCAAAGCUUCUUGUGAGUGAGACUGUGAUUUUGUUUGAUAAGUUCUGAAAGAAUUUUUGAAUCUAGUUUAGAAGAAGUGUGAUUCUCUCAAAAAUAAUUCAACCUCAAUGUAUUCUGACUCCUUUGCCACUCUAGCUGUAAGUUGCUUUUCAGGAGUAAACAGUCCAACAUGGAGGAAUCUUGUCUCGAAUAAAACGAAUUCGCUCAAAAGUAUUGGUAAACAAUGGAAACGUGGAUUACUUGUGGAAGGUUGCAUUGUGCGUCUUCCCGUCAGAUUUUGAUGGUUGUAGUGUUCCUCGUGGAUCAGUUAGGCCAAAAAGACCGAGUUAAGGACGAAUUUACAAUGCUUAGGCAAAUGGGUUUUUUUUUUCAAUCGGCCAGGUGUGCGAUACAUCUGAUGAUGGCUCCAACAUAGACCGCCAGACCUCAGUCAGCCUUAACUUAGGAUACAAAAGGUAAGUGUGUAUUAAAGUGUUUGAAUUUUAUGUGAUUAUCAAAUGGUACAUGUGCAUCCUAAUCGGUAAAACAUAGCAUAAUGGGGACGGAUUUUGGAGUAUCUGUUUCUAGCGACACUAAGGUUUACCGAAUUUGCACACUUGUAACGUAUAAAUUUGAAUGAAAUUUGUUCACUUGACAGUAAGAAACUGAGGGUUAACAUCAAUGUGCCGAUGAAAACAGAGCAGAAACAAGAACAGGAACAAACACACAAAUACAUCGAGGAAGACAGGAAACUUCUCAUUCAGGUAAAAAGUUGUUUGUGCGUGACCUUUGUUGCGAGGCCAUUUUUUCUGUUCAUUAUGCAAAUGUUGAAUGAGCCUGUGGUGCAUCUGUACUGCAAAGGUAUGCCAUGCGUACUGAUAUUCUUUUGCGAAGGCAAAAAAUAUCGAGUAUUCCUAUUACUAUUAUUAUUAUUAUUAUUAUUAUUAAUUACUGUUAUUAGUGUAGUAAUAUUAGCAGAACUAGUAUCUGAGGUUAGUGCUCAUGUCAGCGAACCUCAAAUCCUCGCGUCCCAUGAAUGGGCUGCGACUGGAAAUAUAACAAUCGGAAAAUACUAGAGGGCAAAGAGACUUUGUGGCCUAUUAACUUUACUCUCAAGUCCAAAUUUAAACAGUCACGACUCUUGUCUUAUAGACAAGAUUGCGCUGAUAACAUGUUAAACCUGUCUCAGGCGGACAGCCCAGCAUAAGAAUCUUGCUUGAUAAUGACACAUUGCUGCCUGGAGAGGAAGAACUGAAGUUGGUGUCUCUGAUGUAACCAAGUUUUGUUACUUUGUUCACAGGCGGCAAUUGUACGAAUCAUGAAGAUGAGGAAGAUGCUAAAACACCAACCUCUGCUGGCAGAGGUGUUAUCACAGCUGUCGAGCAGAUUCAAACCCAGGGUUCCAGUCAUUAAGGUAUAUCUUUUUCCGCUCUUUCUCAUGUUUCUACAUUUGGCUACCAAGCCAAACUGACUAUUGUGUUUAAAGAGGGUAAGUUUCUUGGUUCAUAAUCGUUUUGAAACUUUAAUUUUCAAGUAAGGAAGAUUUCUCGCACCCGUUAGGGAGCAGAAGCUCUAUAUACAUGCAGGUCUUUUGCUUGUAUUUGUGAGGGCUUACUUAAUUCACGUUUCCUGCGACUUACGGGUUUGUGUUGUGCUGCGAGAAAUGGCUUACUUACUGAACCCUUUCACUCCUAAGAUCUCAUUACUAGUUCUCCUCACAGUUUGCCAUACAAAGAAUUUGGUAUUGGAUCAACUAAUAAUUCCCUAAUUGAUAUUUUUCUGUAUUCUUAUCACUCGUCCUCUUGAUAUUGUAUUGAUUUUGGUUGGGAGAAAUUCUGUUUGAUCACUUAUGGGAGUUAAAGAGUUAAGACAUCCAUUCAAGUUCGAAGAAUCGAUAGCAAAGAUAGAUGACCACUAUCGGCAGCGGCUUGCCUUUCUGGCGUGUUCUGGCUCACAAAAUUAGUUGUUAAUUUUCAACGAACGUGCGCACACCCAGUCUCGACCCCCAGAGCUCUUAUACAUUGCGCAUUGGGUCUUGCAUAGCCAACCUGAAACUCUUGGUUCGGUAAUGGCGUAAAUUACGCUUGAAUGAAUGCGCAGUAAGGAUGCGCACUGCAAUAGAAGCAGUGACCUUACUAAUGAUAUUUCUCUUUUUCUCUUCCUUUUUUUUUUGGAUUUAUGUUUACAGAAAUGUAUCGACAUCCUAAUAGAAAAGGAAUACCUCGAGCGAGUGGAAGGAGAGAAAGAUACUUACGCCUAUUUGGCGUGAGGACUGGGCAGCAGCUGAUUUACUGCUGCUAAACGUUACGGUUUUCAAGUCAGCAGCUGCUGCGCAUGCGUCAGCCUGGACAAAACCAAAUAUUUUCGUGUUUUAUAAAUCAAACUUCACACCAACCAACCAGCAGUGACUGAAAAUAACUCACACUGGCUUAAUGAAGUUUUUCUUGCUUAAAAAAAAGAGCUGUCGGGUUACUUCUGUUGAUUGAUGUGCGACUUGGUGUGGUAACUCGCACAGCGCUAGGAAGCCGAUUCUGUAUCACUUUACAAGUCCAUGUUACACCCGAUAUACGCUACACCUUAAUUCUUUAUAGCGGUGUCUGCUUGUAAUAUUUAUGUAUUUUGCUAGUUUUUACUGACGAGGAUUACAAACAUCCUUGUGAAAUUGUUAAUUUCUAGGGCUCUUGAAGAAGUAAAUGUUGACCAAAUUUAUAUGUGGCGCUUUGUUGUUGUUGUUUUGGUUUUUUUUAGUAAGUCUUGAUAAAAUGCAAGAAAAGUAAAAGUUUAAGUCCUC